AUGGGUCAGCAUAGCCGUCGUGAAUCAGAUCCCGGCCCCUUUCGAUCGACUAUCUCCGACGACCACCAGUUCUUCCGCCGUCACCUCCAGUGCCGUGACAUUUUCGAGAAGGAAAGCGACCUCGUAUGGCCCUUUGAGAAGAUCGAAGGUUUAGAUCGGGAUGAUACACGAGAAGCAGCAUAUGAGAUAUUUUUCACCUCAUGCCGGUCAUCGCCGGGGUUCGGAGGCAAGACGGCCCUAACGUUCUACUCCAAUCGUGAGAACGGCGAGGACGGAUCUGGCCAACCGGUAGCGGCACAAACAAGUAUGGUGAAGAGGGCGUUAGGGUUGAAGUUAUUGAAGGUACCCUCAAGGAGGACGUUGUCCAGCGCGGGCAGUGGAGGGUUGCCUAGUCCGGUGUCGCCGGGGAGCAGCGGUGGUUUCCCGGUGUCAUGCACGCUGCCGCCGGCCAAGCCAAGGCGGCCGAUGACUUCGGCAGAGAUCAUGAGACAACAAAUGAGGGUGACGGAGCAAAGUGAUAGCAGAUUAAGGAAAACACUCAUGAGGACUCUCGUAGGCCAAACGGGGAGGAGAGCAGAGAGUAUAGUGCUACCUUUAGAGUUAUUACGACAAGUAAAACCCUCAGAAUUCAAUGAUCCUCAAGAAUACCAUUUAUGGCAAAAGAGACAGAUCAAACUUCUCGAAGUAGGUCUUCUUCUUCACCCUUCAAUUCCCGCUGAAAAAUCCAACCCUUCAAUCAUAAGCCUCAAACAAGUUAUCAACAGUGUAGAAUCCAAACCUUUAGACACCAACAAAACAUCAGACGUCAUGAAAACCCUCUGCAACGCCGUCACCGUCUUAGCCUGGCGAAACUCCGGCCUCGAUGUCUGCCACUGGGCCGACGGCUUCCCGUUGAACAUCCACCUUUACAUUUGCCUAUUGCAGGCAAUUUUUGACAUCAGAGAAGAGACUUCUGUUCUAGAUGAGGUUGAUGAAUUGCUUGACCUAAUGAAGAACACGUGGGGCACUUUGGGAAUUUCCAGGGCUAUUCACAACGUUUGCUUCACUUGGGUGCUUUUUAACCAAUAUAUUGUGACUGGACAGAUAGAAUCUGAUCUUCUUUGUGCAUCACAUGCGAUGUUAAAUGAGGUUGCCAAAGAAGCAAAGAGUAAAAAAGAAGGGAAUUCGAGUUCGAAUUCUUCUUUGUAUGUGAAUAUGUUGAACUCCGUGUUGAGAUCAAUGGUGGGUUGGGCUGAGAAGAGGCUUCUAAGUUAUCAUGAGUUCUUUGUUCGUGGAAAUGUUGCACAGAUUGAGAACAUUCUUCCUAUUUUGCUCUUAGCAUCUGACAUUUUGAGUGAUGAAGAAAAUGGAGCAACACAAGAUUCGAUGAUGUCAUCCAAUGAUCGACUUGACCGCUAUAUUCGAUCUUCCGCGGCAAAUGCAUUUAAAAAGAUGAUAAAAGAAACAAACGCGAGCUAUGCGAAAUCAGAAGUGGAGGUAGACGCAAGAGAAGUAUUGGUUGGAUUGGCCCAAGAAACAGAGGAAUUGGCAAUGAAAGAGAGGCAAAACUAUAGCCCAGUACUGAAGAAAUGGCAUGGAACAGCAGGAGCCGUGGCAGCAUCAACUCUUCACAGUUGCUAUGGGCAAGUUCUGAACCAGUAUCUGAAUGACGUCACCACGCUGACGUCAGACACGGUUGAGGUGUUGGAGAGGGCUAACAAACUUGAGAAGGUUCUGGUUCAUAUGGUGGUUGAGGAUUCUGCAGAUUGUGAAGAUGGUGGGAAGACCAUUGUGAGGGAGAUGGACCCUUAUGAAGUUGACUCUGUCAUAUUGAACCUCUUGAGGAAGUGGAUCCAUGACUCUCUCACCAAAUGCACUGAGGUUUUUGAAAGAGUCAGAGAAUCUGAGACAUGGAACCCAAAGUCAAAACAAGAACCAUAUGCACAAUCAGCUAUGGAGCUUAUGAAGCUCGCCAACACAGCAGUGGAAGAAUUCUUCAGAAUUCCAGUUUCAAUCCCUGAGGAUUUAGUUCAAGAACUUGCUGUGGGUUUGGAAACUCUAUUUCGAGACUACAUGACAUUUGUUGCAGCAUGUGGUUCUAAAAAGAGCUACAUCCCAUCACUUCCACCAUUGACAAGGUGCAGUCGAGAUUCAAAAUUGAGCAAAAUGUGGAAGAUAAGAAACCCUUGUAGUUAUGGUCUUGAACAAGAACACCAAACAAUUCAUUCAUCAAAUGAAGCUCAUCAAAAUCCUCAAAGUAAUCUUCCUCCUCCUCGUCCCUCUACCAGUAGAGGAACUCAACGUCUUUACAUUCGCCUUAAUACCUUACAUUACCUUCUCACUCACAUUCAUGCCAUUGCCAAAGCUCUCUCCCUCCACCCUAACCCGCGCCCUUUCGCCGCCACUUCUCACUUUGAGAUCCUUGUCUCCUCCAUCCACGCCGCCUGCCAACAUGUCUCCGAGAUUGCCGCAUACCGCCUCAUUUUUCUUGACUCCAACUUCAUCUUGUACGACUCUCUCUAUGUUGGUGACAUGGCAAAUGCUUCAAUUGGAUCUGCAUUGAGAAUUUUGAAGCAAAACCUAAACCUAAUGCUCACUAUUCUCACUGAGAAAGCACAUGUGGUGGCAGUGAAGGAAGUGAUAAAGGCUACUUUUGAUGCUUUUCUUAUGGUAUUGCUUGCAGGAGGAAGCAAUAGGGUUUAUAACAGGUCUGAUCAUCAGCUUAUUAAAGAGGACUUUGAGGGUUUAAAAAGGCUUUUUGUGAAUUGUUGGGAAGGAUUAAAAGUAGAGGAUAUUAUGGAUAAAGAAGGUGAAGUAGUGGAAGGAGUGAUAGCUUUAAUGGGAGAAAGUACAGAGCAAUUAAUGGAAGAUUUUAGCACCUUAACAUGUGAGACAAGUGGGUUAGGUGUAAUAGGUAGUGGCCAAAAAUUGCCUAUGCCUCCAACAACAAGAAGAUGGCAUAGAGCAGAUCCAAACACAAUAUUGAGGGUGUUGUGCCACAGAAAUGACAAAAUUGCAAAUCAAUUCCUAAAGAGAACGUUCCAAUUAGCAAAGAGGAAAUGA